ACGCCCGCUGCGUCGGUCGCCGCCGCCGCCGCCGCUGCUGCGUCUGCCGCUGCCGCUGCUCGUCGCACUGUUGGCCGCGCCGACGCCCGCCCUGCCCGACAAGAUCGACAAGAUCCCCAUCGGUGCCAUCUUCGAGCAGGGCACGGACGAGGUGCAGGCGGCGUUCAAGUUGGCGAUGCUGACGCACAACAAGAACACGUCGGGCCGCUUCGAGCUGCAGGCCUUCGUCGACGUCAUCAACACCGCAGACGCCUUCAAGCUGUCCCGGCUCAUCUGCGGGCAGUUCUCCCGCGGUGUGUUCUCCCUGGUGGGCGCCGUCAGCCCCGACUCGUUCGACACGCUGCACUCCUACAGCAACACCUUCCAGAUGCCCUUCGUCACGCCGUGGUUCCCCGAGAACGUGCUGGCGCCGUCUUCGGGCCUGAUGGACUACGCCAUCAGCAUGCGGCCCGAGUACCACCAGGCCAUCAUCGACGUGGUCCGCCACUACGGCUGGAACCGCAUCAUCUACCUAUACGACACGCACGACGGACUGCUGCGGCUGCAGCAGAUAUACCAGAGCCUGCGGCCGGGGAAGGACUCCAUCCAGGUGGAGGCGGUGAAGCGCAUCCAAAACACCUCGGAGGCGAUGGACUUCCUCCAUAGUAUCGAGGAGAUCAACAGGUGGGCGAACAAGUACAUCGUCCUCGACUGCCCUACUGAGAUGGCGAAGGACAUCGUCGUCAGCCAUGUUCGUGACGUCACGCUGGGCAAGCGCACCUACCACUACCUGCUGAGCGGCCUGAUCAUGGACGACCGGUGGGAGACGGAGGUGAUCGAGUACGGCGCCAUCAACAUUAGCGGAUUCCGGAUCGUGGACUCCAGCCGGAGUUUCGUGCGGAACUUCCUGGAGGGCUGGAGGCGCUUGGAGCCGGACACGACGCCGGGCGCGGGCCGCGACUCCAUCUCGGCGCCGGCGGCGCUGAUGUACGACGCGGUGCUGGUGCUGGUGGAGGCGAUGAACCGGCUGCUGCGCAAGAAGCCGGACGUGUUCCGCGGCUCGCUGCGGCGCGGCCAGCUGCCGGGCAACGCGACGCGCGCGCUCGAGUGCAGCGCCAGCAAGGGCUGGGUCACGCCCUGGGAGCACGGCGACAAGAUCUCGCGCUUCCUGCGCAAGGUGGAACUGGAGGGCCUGACAGGAGACAUACGCUUCAACGACGACGGCCGCCGCCAGAACUACACGCUGCACGUCGUCGAGAUGACGAUCAACAGCGCCAUGGUCAAGGUGGCGGAAUGGUCGGACGAGACGGGUCUGACGCCGGUGGCCGCCAAGUACGUCCGGCUGCGGCCCAACGGCGAGUACCAGAGGAACAGGACCUACAUCGUCACCACCAUAGUGGAGGAGCCGUACAUCAUGAUGCGGAAGGCGAUGCCGGGCGAGACGCUCAGGGGCAACGAGCGCUUCGAGGGCUACUGCAAGGACCUGGCCGACCUCAUCGCCCGCAGGAUCGGCAUCAACUACGAGCUGCGCAUCGUCAAGGACGGGAAGUACGGCGCGGAGAACCCCGACGUGAAGGGCGGCUGGGACGGCAUGGUGGGCGAGCUGGUGCGCAAGGAGGCGGACAUCGCGAUCGCGUCGAUGACGAUCACGUCGGAGCGGGAGCGCGUGAUCGACUUCAGCAAGCCGUUCAUGUCGCUGGGCAUCAGCAUCAUGAUCAAGAAGCCGGUGAAGCAGAAGCCGGGCGUGUUCAGCUUCCUGAACCCGCUCAGCAAGGAGAUCUGGGUGUGCGUCAUCUUCUCGUACGUGGGCGUCAGCAUCGUGCUCUUCAUCGUGUCGCGCUUCUCGCCCUACGAGUGGCGCCUGCUGCCGCCCGGGGGCAGCGCCGCCGCCGCCGCCACCGCCACCGCCGUCGGCGUCGGCGUCUUCGACGACGCCGUCUCCGCGGGGGUGGGCGUCGGCGUGACGGGCGUCGGCCGCUGCGGCGUCCUCGCCAACGACUUCAGCAUCCUCAACAGCCUGUGGUUCGCGCUCGGGGCCUUCAUGCAGCAGGGCUGCGACAUCUCCCCCAGGUCGAUCUCGGGCCGCAUCGUGGGCAGCGUGUGGUGGUUCUUCACGCUGAUCCUCAUCUCGUCCUACACGGCCAACCUGGCCGCCUUCCUCACCGUGGAGCGCAUGGUGGCGCCCAUCAACAGCCCCGAGGACCUGGCCUCGCAGACCGAGGUGCAGUACGGCACUCUCUACCACGGCGCCACCUGGGACUUCUUCAGGAGGUCGCAGAUCACGCUGUACAGCAAGAUGUGGGAGUUCAUGAACUCACGGAAGAACGUGUUCGUGCGCACGUACGACGAAGGUAUCCGGCGAGUGAGGACCUCCAAGGGCAAGUACGCGCUGCUCAUCGAGUCUCCCAAGAACGACUACAUCAACGAGCGGGAGCCGUGCGACACAAUGAAGGUCGGCCGCAACCUGGACGCCAAGGGCUUCGGAGUCGCUACCCCGCUAGGAUCGCCUCUCAGGGACCCGAUUAACCUGGCUGUUCUGACGCUGAUCGAGAACGGCGAGCUGACCAAGCUGAAGAACCGCUGGUGGUACGACCGCACCGAGUGCAAGCACAGCGACAAGCAGGACGCGACGCGGAACGAGCUGUCGCUGAGCAACGUGGCGGGCAUCUUCUACAUCCUGAUCGGCGGCCUGCUGCUGGCCAUCCUGGUGGCGCUCGCCGAGUUCUGCUACAAGUCGCACUCGGACGCGGCGCGCGCCAAGAUUCCCUUGUCGGAUGCCAUGAAGGCGAAGGCGAGGCUGACCAUCGGUGGAGGAGCCGACUUCGAGAAUGGACGGUACUACACGCCGGCCAACCAGAUCAACAGCGCGGACGGCGACCAGCUGCACAGCAACACGCACACGCAGGUCUGAGUGUGGCUGUCUGUCCGUGUUUCUCUGCCCAGCCGCCAACGUCACUCCUGCGCAUGCGCGGCCGCCGCCAGUGGCGCCACGUUCGAUCAGCGGUCUCGCAAUGAAACAGCCAGUCGUCGACUGGAUCGCCAGCGCGCCGCAUGCAGUCACGCCGUCCGCCGAUGCAAUCACCGUCGGAAUUCGACAGUCCUACAGUCACGACAUGGGAUAUGAUACUCAUCUGUCGCCUACCGGCUCAUAAAACUUUCCAACCUAUCAGAUGACACAUUUCUCACUCUGGAAUAUUUCAGUGCUCAAAAUUACUGCUCAUGUACAUUCUACUUCAUCUCCACCCUUUGUUUAUACCUGGUCCAAGCAGUAACAACAUGAAGAGCUGUCGUAUUAGUUAUCGUUUCCUUCAUUUCCACGUUGAUUCAGAACGUACCAAUGUCUCGAAGUGAAACCGCAAUUUUGUACCUGAUCGAAGUAUAUAGAAUGUAACAAAGGUGUUGAAGGGCAAUGUAAAUAAGUCAAGUAAAAUGAUAUAAGUUGCCUUGCUCUCAGCCAUUCACCGUCUAAAUGCGAAUUAUUUGUCCGAAAAGUGGCGUUUCGCCUCUGAACUCGGAGACUGAUGUUUAUAGAAACAGUAGCACGCAGAUUUUUUUGUAACUGCGUCACGUUUUGGAUGAGAGGAGCUUAAUAAAAAGUCUGAGAAUACCUCCUGCAUCAUGUAAAGCCGUAUCUUCGGCGAUAAUGUUGCACACGAUAUUCUAAAAAUGGAAAAAUGUUAAAUUCUGAAGAAUUUACAAAUCUUGCUCUGCUGAAGAAAGAAGAUCAGUUAUUUUGGGGCACGUGCUUGGAGAAGCUGCCUGAAUAUCGCAUCAUUAAAAAAGGACGAUAUUUUGUUUAGGAUAUUUGUAAUAGACACAAAACUGCACUAUACACGCCUGGGAUUUUAGAUUUGUUAUACUUGGUUGUUUUCUUCACUUAUCAUAGCGAAAGCCAUCUAAAGAGAUCAUAUUUUUGUUUUAUUGCAAUCAGUUCUAAGUGUAGAUUAAUUUAAAAUUAUGAUAGAAAAGUUUUCUAUCGGUGUGGAACAUAUUUGUGAAUUCUUCAGACAUAUACGAGCACAAGUGAAAACAAUGUUUUUUCCUUGUGGUCUAAUCAAAACCAACUGUUCAUCUAGAUUACACGAAUACUUCAGUGCAGAAUUUUGUGAAUAGUUUUAACAAGACUUUGGCACUUUACACUGUGCAAAACUUCAUCAUUCUUCUGUGAGAGUCAACAUGUACAACUCACGGUGCAAAACAGUAAUUUUAGUUUAAGUGUGAGUUCUUACUAACAUAUCGUGCUGCAAUAUCAUGAGUUUCAAAUUCCCUCGAAAACAUCUUUUAAAAAUUUGUGUUUUAGAUGUUUUUAAGGCUCUUUAUAAAACUACGUUAAUUAUAAGAUACUGUGUAGAUGUCUUGUACCAUUGUCGCUGUUAUUCAACGCUUCCUGAAGACUUCAUUGUACCACUGCGACGAAACAAUCAUCGUUCAUCACCAGCGCAUUGAGAUGGAUGAGGGAGGCUGUGUUUUUGGCUCACAUUACAGCAUUACGUCUAAGCUAACGACUGUGUUCAUUUCUGCUGCAGGAGUGCACAUGCUAACAAUAUAAGAAACGGGGUGGGAUACACCAUUGGAAUUCCAGGAUAAACGUGGAUGAACACGGAGUGACUUUAGAAACACUUUUGAGUGAUACCCUUCUUAAGUGAGUUCUCCAUUACAUUUAACGUUCCACUUGUUCUACGUCCUUCUACCAGUACUACGUAGCAUAACUUUUACUUUUGUUUCGAGGAGUACUCAUGCAGCGAACUAUUGACGUCCAACACGGCAGUAUUUUCGAAUCGUAUUGUAAAGCUUUCCUUGUAAGUGUGACUGUAGAACAUUACGACAUUCAUUUAGAAGAUGCUUGCCCCAGUGAGAACGUUUCUUUUCUUCUUUAACCAAGGCUGUAUUUAAGAGAUUAUUCCACUGCAUACUGCUACACCGGUGUCGACGUUCAGAGACGUUUCACAAUGGUACCCGUUCAAAAACAUGCAUCUGUUCAUUUCUGUCAAAUUCUUAUUCUUGUACGAGCACACACAGACACACAGAAAUUGCAUUUUUACAGUCUUCAUCCAUGUUGGAGGCAGUAUUCGAAGCAAAACAUCAGAUUAUGGAGUUGAGACCAGUAAGUUGAGAAUAAUUCAUCAUAAGUACAUCCAUCCCGUAGGACGUUCUACACGAUACUUCCUGGCAGAUUAAAACCGUGUACAGGAACGGGUCUAAAACCCAAAACCUUGCGUGUCGCGGGAAAUGCUGUUAUCGACUGAGCUGUCCAGGCACAAUCCCGAAUCCGCCGUCAUAGCUUUACAUCUAGCCCUAAUUCCAUCCUACUUUCCAAACCGGUCAACAAUUUGUUCACAGCUGUUACUAUUUUUGUAGGCGUUUAAGUUAACACUGCACUGUCUGCCUAACUACAGUCCAAUAUUCAACUCUCGUGUUGUUUCAAAUAUACUUCUAGAACCUUAAAUAAAUUGUUCUCAUGCUUGUUAGGCAGUGUUAGGCUAUCCGUAAAUCGACAUCCCUGAACCGGCAAUCUUGAAAUCAUCUAGAAAAUUUCUUUUACCCGAUGCUUUUGGUGACUACACCGCUACAAUUUUUGGAGAUUUAUUUAUGGAAGGUUAGGCACAAAGUUUCUAUCUUAUAAUCAGGCGAUUCCUCAACAGCAUGCGAAUUUAGCUUCCAUCUCCUCCUUCUCGGUUUGUAGUUCUUUAAUUCGAAGACAUACAUCUUACAUUUUAAAACAUCAAAUUGUCCUGACUAAAAUCUGUUCAAAGCUAGGUCCGUGCUUUUGGUGUUACCUGCUGUCUUUAAGGUGUGAAACACAACUGGCGUCACGUCCCGUAUGUCUGUUACUGAGGCAAUGUUAUGUGUGAUUAUUAGAUUACAAACGAGCUUUCACAAUGACUUCCACCCUGCUGAUUUACAAACAGAAGGAGAUUCCAUAAGUUAAUUCGACGAAUUCCCUUGAAUAGAAGGUCCUGCAUUUUGUUAUUUUACCGCUUCAUGGAGUGAUCUCUUGAUUGUCCACAAGGUGAUACUACAGCGUUAUCAACGAAAUUAGUUUACUACUCCAUGUCUACAAGACAUUUAUAAUACAUAAUUUAUAUAUUGCAUAAAAGUAAUUUCUGUCUCGGUGGUAGGUUUUUUAAUUGCUUGCUAAUGGUAAAUCAGAUUUUUGUGGAAUUUGGUAAGUCUAUAAUGUUUGCAUGUAAAUAUGUAUACUUCGUAGGAUUUACUCAAUGUAAUGAAGAAUGUGUUGUACUGGCCAUCCUUGGAAUGAGCCAGGAGUCUGGUCUCACAUAGAGAAACACGCUAACAAACGACAGGACUUUGCACGGCCUAAUGACAGAAAUGUAGUGGACUAGUGAUUCUGCUCGUAUAAUAUGAUUUUUUUAAAAUGGAUGAUAAUUUAAUUUUCUCUGAUCUCACUCUUUUAAUAUCGUAUGUAAUUUAUAUCCAUGUAUUGUGGCGAGAGAAUAAUAUCAGUUCAGAUGUAAAUCAUCGGUUUUGAACCUGCUAUCUCAACAAUAUCAAGUAGGGUUCAGGUACCCCUAUUGUUGUAAUGGCUGAUAUCAUUUCUUUUACGUUUGAAGUACGAAAUCACUCCUUGGUUCAGACACGGUCUGCUGCUUUGCAUGUUUAUUCAGGUCAGACAGUAAUAUGGUAAAAUAACUGCCUGUAAAUGCUCUGUGAACUGGGAACCAGAAACCGCAGUGAUCUCGUUUGUUUCAUUUUUUCAGCUCCGAUUUUAUCACUUCCAUAGACCAAUUUUUCUUGCUAUCUUCCGCAGUUCCAUCACCAUUUACUCAUAACGCCACACACACAUAAAUACAAAAUUCACAUAAGUGCCAGUUACGCUCGAUUGUCUACUAGAGCUGCUGAAGUUAGUGAGUCCAUUACUUGAAUUCUGUUAAUUUAAUGAGCACCUAGGUAACUUCUACGCUCUUAAGGACAAUGUGGACAGCUGGCCAAAACAUGCACACUAUUCCAGAAAUUCUAACUUUAUUUUUUGUUUACAAGAAAAUCUUACUGUGGAUGUUAUUGGGGUUAUAAGAUACGGGUGGCUUUAUUCGAUGGCUUAUGUACUACUUCAAAAGUUUGGUUUUGUGCUGAGGAGAUUUUCGUCUUGUAAUUUAGGAAGGCGUACGAGCUCAGAAAAUGUGUUAAGUAUGGGGCCUUAUUAAGUGUAAUUAGGAGGCACGUAGUCUUGUGCAGUAACUGCAGUCAAUCGUGGAAGUAUUUUGUUACAUUUGGACAAAUAUGUUAUUUAGAGUCAGUUUCCGUACCCACUGUACAUUUAUUGCGAAUUUAUUGCAGUUGCAGAAGUUCACAGAAAUAAGAUGUGCUUAAUUCACCAAAGGACUUUUCAAAUCAUAGGCCACAAACAACAUGGCACAACAUCUAACCGUAGGUGGAAAUUCUUCUAGCGUUUUCAGUGGAAUGCAUUGCAGCAUCCGGACGUUUCCGACCCUUUUUAACAGAAAUUCAAGAUUUUCUUGAACAGUGUUAUGUCAUACUAUUAGAAUUUAAUAUAUCCGAUAUUAUGUAAUCAAACUAUAGCAGAAACUGAUAGCAACUGCUCCAGCAUUCGUAAUACCCAAAUGUUUACGCCAGCUAUUAAGUAACGAAAUCUCGGUCCAUAACUAAUACAAUUCUUUCGAAUUUAAAACUGCUGUACGGCAGUAUACUACUUAAACUUCCAAGCUAAGCACACAGCACUAGGCACGAUUAUUUUCCAGUUCUAUAUCAAAUGAAUUACUUCGAAGCUUGGUCUCCGUGUUCUUUCCCGUAUAUCCUGAAUUUAUGGUGAAUGUCGCACCUAACUACUACAGACAUUUUGAAACAAUCAAUUUCGUGUUUUACAUUCUUCAGUCUGGAGAACCAUACCUUACGUGUGUUUUGCCCAACGUGUCACGCAACACCGGAUUCUAAUAAUAAGACAAUAAUUUACCGUUUUUCAACAUUAUGUGUAUUUCACUAAAGGACCUUCAUAUUACAGCUAUUUCAGGCUAUAAGAAAGAAAUACCAUUUGGAGUAACGCACAGAAUGCAGCUGUGUCUACACCGGAAAGCCAAUGAUUGCACGAAUUUUUGUACAAUGCUUUCCUGAAACUAGCAGGAAAUACGAUCUUUUCGUUCGAAACCACCGUUUCUUAGUUGUUCGUAUGAUCUCUGAAACGCUUUUCCCGGCCUCCCUCUUACUGUGUCACUCUGUUUACUGUCUGAAUAAACGUAAAUUUUUAUUGUCGUUCGUGUUCUUUGAAAUGGAAAGAGCACACCUCAAAACAAGAAAUUACAAAUACGAUUUGUACAGAAACGAAAAUGCAA